ACAUAACUGACAUACAUUUUUGUAAUACUUCAAACAGGAAAUCUCUGUGGUUGGAGUAAACUCAGCUGCUCUAUGAAUAUCUUAAUGAUGUGGAGCUUGUUAGAGUAAAAAAAGAGGAUCCCAGUCAUGUGAUGUCUCCAUUGUUAAACUAAUUUCCAUUAAUCCUUAUAGUAUUUUAUUCCCACCCGUUUGUUUUCCUGUACUAUUUAUGAAUGAAGGCGGAGGUCAGAGAUCUGUUGACAUUUUCGGGGUUUAACCACCAGGGGAUACAGCAACACACGGAAAGAAAGCCAACAGUGUCUUUCAUUGUUCAUGUGUGUGUGUGUAACUCUCUCGGGCUGCAUAAAGACGACGUUCACAGCGAAAAACUUGCAAUUCAUGGCAUGGAGUCAGCGAGCAGCUGCAGCCCUCCGAUCUGUCGGGUUAGGUGGAUGAACAGCACAGCAUGCCCUGAAUCCGCUUUCUAACGUCGAGUUGAAUCAAACCCUCGUAAAGCUGCUCGGUUGAUGUUUCUCUCUCUCUCUCUCUCUCUCUCUUUCUCUCGCUUUCCUGCCUUAUUUUCCUCCUCCUCGGUGAAAUCUGACUCAACAACAGCGGCUCUUCUUCCCCCCCUGACCUCCCCACGCCUGCUCUCUAGUUUGGAUGUCAGAUUCGUGCUAAUUAGCCCGCGUUGAUCGCAGCAUCAAGAGAAAAUAAAACCGUCCGCUCGCACACUGCGCCGUUUCAAAUGCCUUCAACUUUGAAGGAGAGGGACAACCCCUGAGAACCCCCACAGUCCAACAAGAGGACGGACAGACAGACAUCUCCGUCAUCUCCCACUUCAUGAGAAGGACACGUCUGUGGAAGGGCUGAACGGGAAUCAUGGCAGCUACUUUAUCGGCGGAAGAGGAGCAGGCCACCAGGCAGUUUCUAGAGGAAAUCAACAAGUGGACCAGUCAGCAUGGAGUGUCUCCAUUGUCCAGGGAACUGGCCGUCAAGUUUCUCAUGGCUCGCAAGUUUGAUGUCCUCCGCGCCAUUGAGCUCUUCCACAAUUACAGGGAGACGCGUCUUAAAGAGGGGAUCGUCAAACUCCAGCCUCAGGAGGAGCCCCUGCGCUCAGAGCUGCUCAGUGGAAAAUUUACAGUGUUGAACGUUCGGGACCCAACAGGAGCCUCCAUCGCUUUGUACACAGCCAAACUUCAUCAUCCCAACAAAACGGGCAACCAUGUCGUGCUUCAGGCUCUCUUCUACCUUCUGGAUCGGGCUGUUGAAAGCUUUGAGACCCAGAGGAAUGGCUUGGUGUUCAUCUACGACAUGGCAGGUUCCAACUACACCAACUUUGAGCUGGACCUGAGCAAGAAGAUCCUCAACCUGCUCAAGGGGGCGUUCCCUGCCAGGCUGAAGAAGGUGUUGAUUGUCGGGGCCCCUGUGUGGUUCCGAGUCCCCUACAAUCUGCUCAGCCUGCUGCUUAAGGAGAAGCUCAGAGAGAGGGUUCAGAUGGUAAAAAUGGCCGAGCUGCGUCAGCACCUUCCCAGAGACUGCCUCCCCCAGCACCUCGGUGGCCUGCUCCCUCUGGAUGCGUCCGGCUGGAACCAGCAGCUUCUGGCGGGCCAGAACGGCAGAGUGGACCCCGUGGACGAGCUGGUGGGAAUACCCCUGGAGGACUCAUCCAUCCACGUGCCGGGGCCCGAGUCCAUGCGUCCGCAGGAGCUGCUGGCACACCUCGGUAGGCUGCAGCGCUCGGGCGUCUACCAGGAAUACGAGGAGCUGCGCAGGGAGGCGCCUCCUGGAACCUUCCAUUGUGCACAAGCGGCCUACAAUCAGGAGAAGAAUCGCUAUGGAGACGUGCUGUGCCUUGAUCAAACAAGAGUUCGUUUAAAACCCUGCAGAAACGAGAGAUCAGAUUACAUCAACGCAAGCUUCAUGGACGGCUACAAGCAGAAGAACGCAUAUAUUGGUACUCAAGGACCACUGGAGAGGACCUAUGGUGAUUUCUGGAGAAUGGUCUGGGAACAAAACGUCCUACUGAUUGUCAUGACAACAAGGACAGAUGAAGGCAGUCGGAGGAAGUGUGGACAGUACUGGCCACUGGAGGAAGGUGGACAGGAGGUCUAUGGCCACAUAGCAGUGGUAAACCAGAGGGUGGACCACCAUACCCACUACAACCACACCACCAUGGAACUGCACAACACCGAGACAUGUGAGCAGAGACACGUGAGUCACUUCCAGUACCUCAGCUGGCCGGACUACGGAGUCCCCACGUCAGCGGUGACUCUCAUCGACUUCCUUGGAGCUGUGAAGAGACAACAGAGAAAAAUGGUGAAGGCUUUGGGCCCUCGGUGGACCGGCCACCCACUGGGACCGCCAAUGGUGGUCCACUGCAGUGCAGGGAUUGGGAGAACAGGUACCUUCUGUGCCCUGGACAUCUGUCUGUCGCAGCUCCAGGAUGUCGGCUCUCUCAACGUGUUUCAGACGGUGCGCCGCAUGAGAACGCAGAGGGCCUUCAGCAUUCAGACCCAGGAGCAGUACUAUUUCUGUUACAAUGCUAUUUUGGAACACGCCCAGAGACAGGGCCUGCUCCCGUCCAAUCAGUAAAGCCCAGCCCAACGACAGGACAAGCCUUAGUCAGUCUGCUAGCACUGCAGCCAGGUUGGGGGACUUCCUGUUUGAAGGAAGUAGCCUCCUGACGCCUCGUGAAGACGAGCUUUUAGACGCAUCGCCAUAACCCGUUUGCAAACCAAGUAAAUGCAUUAAAGAUUAAAGCCUUGAUUGCUGUUGAUGUGUGAUAAUACUGUGGCUGUCAACAAUUUGAUGUUAUGAGUUUGUUGAAAAUAUGCUGAAAAAUGCAGCAGAGUGAGUGAACUGCUCAGUUUUGUAACGGGUAAUACCAAUGCCUUGCAAAUUCUCCAAACCCUUAAACUUUUUCACAUUUUGUCACAUUACUGCCCCCAGUUUUGAUGCAUUUGAGAUUUAAGUUGAUUGACCGACACAAAGUAGUGGAAGGAGAAGGGUACACAUCUUUCAGCUUUGUUUACAAAUCAACAUCUUAAAGUGUGGCAUGCAUUGUAUUCAUCACUGCAGAGUCAAUACUUUGUAGAACCAUUUUUCACUCCUUUGCACAGGUUUUUUGGGCUAUGUCUCUGUCAGCUUUACAUAUCUAGAGACUUUCAUUUUUCUUUGCUAUACCGCCCAAACUCAAACAUCAGUUUGCAAUUAUUGCCACAAAUUCUCAAUUUGAUUAGGGCCUGUACUUUGACUGGGCCAUUCUAACUCAUACAUAUGCAUUGAACUAUAUCAUUUAAUUGUAGCUCUGACUGUAUGUUAAAUGCCAUCUGUAUGGAAGAUUAAUAUUUAUCCUAGUCUCAAGCCUCUUUCAGCCUCUUACAAGUUUUCUUCCAGGAUUGCCUUGUGUUUAGCUCCAUUCAACUUCCCACCAUCUCUAACCAGCUUCCCAGUCCCUGAAAAAAACAUCCUCACAGCAUGAUACUGCCAUCACUAUGCUGAAUGGGGAUGGUGUACCACCUUCCACUUGCUUACUGUGCUCCCCUACAUGCCUUGAAGAAAAAUACAGACAGUACCUCUUGUGGCUUCCUUGCAACAAUGACUUUUACCUUGCAACUCAAAGGCCAGACCUGUGGAGUACACAACUAAUACUUUGACCUGACAACAUAUUCUCCCAGCUGUGGAUCUCUGCAGCUUCUGCUGUGUAAUGUCUUUUUUUUUGUUUUUUUUACAUAAUGUUGGGUUAAAAUAUUCCUGUAAACCAGUACAAUUUAAACUGAACAGCUUGAGUUAUUAUGGUGUGACAAAUAAUAAGGUUGUUUUUGUUUCCCCCUUUAGUGUCUCGUCAAUGCAAACAUUCAGCACAAUGCAUCAUUAGUCCAGAGCGAAUGCCAUAAGGAAUUGUGGAUUGUAGUUAGUUUGCUGCCAAAUGUCAUAUUUAUCUAAACAUUAUCACUUUAAAUUUGCAUGUUUUCUUUCUGUCAAAGUGAGUGAAAGUACAUCCAUCAUUUGGAACCUGACAACUCCCCAAUGGCUGCUACAUAGUUUGACUGAAUGCUCCUAAAAUUUCAAUCUGCUUGAGCCGCUUUUUUUAUUUGACUUUUCUACGAAUAUUAGAGCGGUGAAACCCACAAGCUUCCACCUUGCCUAAUAUAUUAAAAGCUUUUGGCUGCCUUAGCUGUGUAGCAUUGUACUGCAAAGUUGCACAGACUGUUGUUUAAGGCAGUGCCUAUCACAGAAGUGUAAAUUGGUGUAAGACCUCACGAGUAGUGCAAUACUUUUUUUUAUGCAUAAAUCGUGUCUUGGCACUUUUUACAACAUAAAACAAAUCCCAAUGUGUUCUGGUGUUUCAGCGUGGUUAUGGGAGGAGAAAUGGAACUAUAGAUGACUAUAUAGUCUACAUGUGAUUGCUGGGAUUUGUUGAUUGUUGUAUAUUUAGUGAUGCUGUAACUAUAAAACGAGAUAUUUACUGUUAUCAUCUGCAUAGAGCUUUAUUGGGACUAAUGAAAAGGACUGGAAAGGGAAACCAGACAGCAAUGAUGACAUGAAAAGUUGAGUAAACAAGCACAAAUGUGUGCCAACCACAACCUACAAGUCCUUGGACACUUGAGUCAAGAAUAGUCAGUGCUUUCAUCAUGUCCCAGUAUACUGCCAUUAUUAUAGUACAUGUACAAAGCUGCGUUUGUGUGUCACUUGUGUUACGUUCUUCACUCCAGAGUUCAUAUUGAAUUUGCUAGUGGUGAAGCGUUUUCUUUUUUUUUUUUUAAAGCCUGGAAUUUUUACCUACUCUGAUCUUUAGAAUUAGUUAUCUUUCUAAUGACUGACACAAAAUGCGCCGCUUUAUUUUUCUAUUAUAUUCAGCAACUGUUUACAUUCAAAUAUGCAGUUACCAUUAAUUUUAUAUUUGUUCAGUUAUAACAUGUUUUCACUUUGUAUUGUAUUUCAUUGCGCAUUGAUUCAUGCUAUGCUGUAAUAAACACAAACUACGUCA